CAGGCAGAGAUGGUGAAACUAUGGAGACAUGUGUUUGUUGACGUUUUUGCAGUCUGGAUGUUAAAGUAACGAGGGCUGGGAAACAGACGCACACACAAUCAACCUGUACCAGUCUGAUAUAGGACCUUGGCUGACUGGACAGAACUCUGACUAUGGGGGUCUUCAGAGCUCUUGUCAGUCUGCUGCUCCUACCUGUAUUUUUAAAGCUCAGGAUUUUCACAGCAGGCCAGCUGACAACAGUCCCCACACCUGAUUCUACCACAAUCAUCACACCUUCACUUACUUCCACUACAGCUGCCACAACAACCAUACCAACCACCUCCACCACUACUACUGUUGCCCCAACUCUUAGCCCAGAGUUCAUUGGCUUGCCCUCCUCUGUGUCAGUGCUGGAGAGCAGACGUCCCAGGGCUGUGGUGGCAGAGUUCCAGGUGCAGAGCUCCAGCCUGCUGCCCUCUGUCCUCAUCCUUUCUGUCACACCAAACUCUAACCUGUUUGAGAUGCCCAUUGUCAGCCCCACUAACAUCUCCGGCAUCUUCAAUGUCCAGAUUGUUCUUAAUGGCUCCCUGGACUUUGAGAGGGCCAGCUUGGUUAGUGUUCGUCUGGGACUGGCCACAGCAUCUGGCUAUGUAGAACAGACUCUCCAUUUGAAAGUAGUGGACAUCAAUGAGCCUCCUCAGUGUGAGCCCCUGUUUCAGCUGGCAGGAGCUGAGGUCCAUGUCCCGGAGAAUCUGCCUGCCCCUGUGACAGUCUACACUGUCCUGGCUUCAGACCCAGACGUUAAUGACACUCUCACGUUCUCUAUCACCCAGGUGUUACCUGACACUUCUAGAGGUCAGUUUCAUAUUGGUUCCUCUGGCAGUCUCCUAUCCAGCCAGCUGUUUGACUACCACAGGGGACCAAAAGCAAGUGGCUCCAUGACUCAUCACUUGAAUAUGUUUUCAAGGGAAACAGCUGUAUCCUCUUUAAUCCUCCAUAAUCCUCUAUAA